UUCCUUCCCUCCCUCCCUCCCUCCCUCCCGUCCUCCUUUCCCGGUUCCCCGACCCCGACAAUUCUCCUCUGCAUUCCUUCGCUCUGGCGUCGCAGGUCGCACUCGCACCUCGAGGUGGGGACCCUCCUCUCUCCAUGGUCAUUAGUCUUCGUUCUUCGUAGAAGUCGAAAAUGAGAAGCAGAGGAGAAUAUCAGACCUACAAUCUACCAGCUAGCUACCAGAUCCAGUAAACGCCAUGAAACUUGAUUGCAGCAACUGAAAUCAGGAGCGUCGCCAAUUAUUACCCAAAAUGCCACGUUCUCUGAGUCUGCUUCCCAUAUUCACCCACCGUUCCUCCUCCUCCUCCUCCGUGUACUCCAAGGACGAUAAAGGGAAGAAACAUCCUAUCUCUAUCCCUCCCCAGCCUUCUUCAUCCCGCGUUCCACUCGCACUUAUUAUUUUCUCCAUCUUUUGCUUCUUCAUCGGCGUCGGCGGAAUACUAUUCUCUGUCUUCGCUCUGGCUCGCUCCAAACCACUCCCCGUCUUCCGCUGCGGUCGAGCCGAAGACACCUUCCGAACUGCCUUCCGCCGUUCCUCCGGUUCUCGCAAGCUCGGCGACAACGAUGGUCUUGUCGACCGCCCCAAGCUUCUUGGCUUCGUCGGAAUCCAAACCGGCUUCUCCUCCGCCGAUCGCCGCGCCGCUCUUCGUUCAUCUUGGUUCCCUUCCGACCCCGACGGCCUUCUCCGUUUGGAGCAAGCUACUGGUUUAGCUUUUCGUUUUGUAAUCGGACGAUCAAAAGACACCAAGAAGAUGAUGGAUCUUGAGAAAGAGGUGGAGAAGUACAAUGAUUUUAUGCUUAUAGAUGUUGAAGAGGAAUACCUAAGGCUGCCAUAUAAAACGCUGGCAUUUUUUAAAGCAGCCUUUGAUCUUUUUGAAGCAGAUUAUUAUGUCAAAGCUGAUGAUGACAUUUAUUUGCGCCCAGAUCGACUUGCCACUCUUCUAGCUAGAGAGAGAACUCAUCCACGAACCUACAUUGGCUGCAUGAAGAAGGGCCCAGUAAUUACUGAUCCUAAAAUGAAAUGGUUUGAGAAAUCUGGGCAUUUGAUUGGAAAUGAGUAUUUCUUGCAUGCUUAUGGCCCUAUAUAUGUUCUGUCUGCAGAGGUGGUAGCAUCACUGGCAACUACAAGAAACAACAGUCUGAGAAUGUUUAGCAAUGAGGAUGUAACUGUUGGUUCCUGGAUGCUAGCUAUGAAUGUCCAUCAUGAAGAUAAUCGAGCAAUUUGUGAUCCUCGAUGCACACCAACUUCUAUCGCAGUUUGGGACAUUCCUAAAUGUUCAGGUCUAUGUGAUCCAGUUAAUAGGUUGAGGGAGCUUCACAAAAUCAGCAUGUGUUCCAAAAGUCCAACACUACCACCUGAUGACAGGUAGUGUUGGUGGCCCAAACUCGCAGUCACGGGAGCAAGACAUAACCCAUUUACCUUGACAGAAUUUUUAAGCUACCAUCAUGAUACCUGUAUUUGAUAUGUUACUGUCCAGUCAAUUCAUAGUGACGGUUUUCUGUUGGAGCAGCGACACAUUCUUUUGUCUGUAGCCUGAGAGACGGCUCCGAGGCCUGUGUUUCAAGAAUUCCAGUCAGUAUGUAGGUUGCUGUUAUUAACGGAAUUGGGUUAGGUGUCUACCGUUGUUUCGGUGCAUUAAAUCAAAAUAUUAUCCGGUGCCCCUUUACCAAUGAAUGAUUGAAAGGUAAUUGAUCAAGUAACAUUAGUUUGUACCGAGUUGCAGCAGGUGUCUAGAAUUUUGGGACUUGUGUAAUGAACACUCCUUGAUUUUGGCGAAGUUCGAUAAGGAGCCUCUUUUUCAUUA